AUGUCGAGUCAAAAAGGCGAUAAGGGGAGGGAUCACGAAGAAACAGAAAUCUUAACAUCUGGCAAUGCAUUGAAAGGACAGGGCUGUGAGGAGGCAGGUUGUAAGACGACCAAAGAGGGGCCCGUGAUAAAAACUUUCAUUAAUGAGGACGGAACGACGAGUAGUUAUUUUGACAAGCGACGACUUAAGAUAGCACCCCGCUCAACUCUGCAAUUCAAAGUCGGCCCUCCCUUUGAUGUGAUUAGCAACUACUGUUGUGUGAAGGAUAGCUCUACAGGAGAGGAACUGGACUUGAGCCUUGCGCCGCGCAUCGACCGCGGCUUUGAUUACAUCAACGGUGAGUGGAUAGGCUAUAAGAGAAACUAUUUCACUUUGGUUUGUUCGUUUGGUGUUCAUAAUAUGGGCACGCAUGAACUUUUAAAUGGCUCUUUCAGUGUAACCAUGCUCGAAGGCCAGCGGCUGAGUUUGACUAUCCAAUACUUCGCUGUCAGGUUGGUAGCAGCAUGCGAUGAGGACAAAUCGGAGAUAAACUUAGUGCAGCAUACAGCUAAGCGCGACAAAGGUCCGCAAUUUGCUCCUCCUAUCCAUGCCUUGAUCCCAUCGGAGCUACCGAAUCACCAGACAAUUCGAGAAGCCUCGAACGUCCGAAAUGAAGCGAAAAUGAAGAAAUAUGACUCGCUUUUCUUCUUGCACCGGCAGAGAGUCAAAAGCGAUUAUUCCCCUAACUCGUUGCUCUGUACUUACCCAGAUGAUAGUAUCAAGAAGGUUGCUCGUUAUGAGAGGGUACAAUUUUCAUCAUCUAUAAAUGCUAAAAAGCCUUCUCAGCAGAACAAACACUUCAAACUCCGCGUGGUUUUGGGCUGUGUUGUGAAAGGAAUUCAUGUUGCUAAGUCAGAGAAUGGUGUGUACCGGGGUCUUGACUGUAUUGUGGACGGCGGAUCCAGUACAUUUGUUCCAAUUAUGGAGAUGGAAACUCCACCUCUCAUUAUCAGAGGAAGGUCCCCAUCAAACUACUCUUGUCCUGUGAAGGCCCCAGAGCCUACUCAAGGUGUGAAUAAUCAUCGAGAAAAUCACACCGUUACUAAUUGUGCCAAGUUAAAUUCCAAUCUGACAGUAGAUACUGCAGAUGACGUGACUAGCUCUCCAGUCCGUGAAAAGCAGCUGAAUAAAAGUGUAAGGAAGACUAGAAAGACCCCCAAUCCAAAACAGAUAGCUCCUGACGUUGCAACAGAAGAUGACACUAUCUCGAUGGACGGGGAGGACCAGUUUGUAAGCCUCCAGACAAUGUCAUACAUUGAAGCUGUGAUCAUAAAAAAUUUGCCUUUAGUUCUGAGAAGCACAGUGAAUGGCAAAGAUAUUGAGGGAUGUCCUAAGGCUUCAGGACAUACCAUUCCAGCAGUUGGGAUGAAAGACAUAGAACUGGGUUCAAUCAUGCGGAUGUCGCCUCAGGGUCUUUAUGAUCAUGACUUUUUGACGAGCUUUAGGGAUGAUCCAUUCAAUGACGCCGUUAUUGAUGCAUAUCCUCAUUAUCAUCAACCAGACCCUCUCAGUGCAUCCAAAUUCUCAGUGAAAAAUAAAAAAAGGAAGCUUAAUAACAAGAUGACUCUGAAUGAUGACCAUAUAGUCUAUCGCUCGCCAUCCCAGAACGUUAAGGAGAGUUCAGAAGAUAGUGUCGAGUAUCUAACGCUUGAAAACUCUUAUAAUUAUCCCCUUCAAGUAACAUCAAGGGGCCACGAUGCAAUGAGUAUUCCACGAUCGCUUGGACCUAACCCCAUGGAUAUCUCAUUCUGCUUGAAUGUCGACUCCGAAACCACAGUGCUUCCCCGGCCCAUCUCAAGUACACGGCUCAGUUCACGAAGACUACUGACGGCUACUGCGAAACCUUCUGAUGUCUUUGGGGUAGGUGAAUCUUUCGAUGAACCUAGUAUCUACAACCACUAG